AUGAAAGUGUCACUCAAUACGCUUGCACUGUCAUUGCUCGUAUCUUUGUCGUUCAACAAUGACCAACGGUCCAAUCUCGCAGAGGCUGCAAAGCUUCGACGAGGCAGUGUCAAUGACAAUGACGAGAUUCACGACUAUUCAUUGGAUCCAUCUCAAGAAAAAUAUCUUUCCGAUGAACGCUCUCUUCUUUCCUCAGGCACAGUGACUGACGCUGAAUUCUUGGCUCUGAAAAAGACACCUGAAGGACAGCUAGCAAGCUCCAAGUGCGGGAGCAGUCUGUUUCGGAGUCUUCGCAAAUACCAUCCUGGAUGCACCCGGUACAAGGAAGACGCCGACAAGGUGCCUGCGACCUUGCCGCCCAUCGACGCCCCCAGCAAUUCGCCAGCUCCUACUGUGGCCGUUCCGACACCAAUGCCAUCCACUUUGCCAUCCACCACGUCCGAGCCGACAAUGCUUCCUACUACUCCCAUGCCCUCCACAACUCCCACUCAAACUUUGAAUUGCGUACAAACCGUCGUGGGAAACGAGCUUACCAUUCAAAUUAGUGCCUUUUAUCGAAAAGGCGACGUGCAUUGCUUGAUUUCGGAUGAGGGUGGCGACGCAGCCUAUUUUGGUUACAAUUGGUCCAACCAAUUUGGUUUGUUUGUCAAUGGCCAAGCGCUUUGGACAGCACCCGAGACCAGUGUAGCCGUAUCGGACCGAUGGGUUUUUCAACAAGAUGGCAAUUUGUUGUUGCGAGACUCCGGGAACCAAGGAAUCUGGAGGACGCACACGGGUGGAAACUCGGGCAGUCAACUCAAGGUGUCCUUCGAGCGAGUUUGGAUUGAAACAAGAUCGGGCAAUACUGUAUGGUUCCAACCACUCACUCCACUACCCACGACGGCGCCCCAAGUAGAACCUCCAACAACUGAGCCCGUGAAUGAUAACAUCUUCCCAACCAACCCACCCACAGGAGCCAGUGCCAUGCCCUCGGAGUUCCCAACCACUCUUCCCAGUACCAUGCCAUCAGAGCACCCAACCGCUAUUCCCACAGGAGUUACUCCCAUGCCCUCGGAAAAUCCAACCGGCAUUACGCCCUCGGCGACUCCCAGCACUUCCUUUCCUACGGCAUUUCCCACUCGAGUCGACGAGCGAGCCUUGAAUUGUGUCCAAACCGUCAUGGGCAUUCAACUCACCAUUCCAAGUGAUACAUCCUUUGAAAAAGGAGAUGUCCAUUGCCUGAUUUCGGAGGACGGCGAAGCCGCCUAUUUUGGAUAUACGUGGACCAAUCAGUUUGGUUUGUUUUCCAAUUCCAAAAGCGUGUGGACAGCCCCUGACAACCAAAUGGCGAAUUUUGAUCGAUGGAGUUUCCAAGAAGAUGGCAAUUUGGUGUUGCGGGAUGCAGAAGGUCGAUCCAUAUGGACGUCCGAGUCCUAUGGGAAUUUUGGCAGCCACUUGAGAAUCUCCUUCAAGCAAGUAAUGAUCAACCGAAACACGGGGUACACGCUUUGGUCCCAACCACCCUACCUUGGCCCGCCAAGGCCACCACCCAACGAUGGGUAUCCCGAUCCCAAUGGAACUUUACAUUAUUAUGCCUACUAUUAUCCUUGGUACCUGCGCAACAAUUGGGGUCGACAUGGCUACCAAGAUGAACCUCUAUUGGGAAAAUAUGGAACCAAUGAAGUGGCCAUCGCCGAGCAGCACAUUCAAUGGGCACUCGAAACUGGAAUCUCGAGUUGGAUUAUUUCGUAUUGGGGUCCAAACCACUUGACCAUGAAGCAUUUCAAACAAGGCAUGAUCAAUGCUCCUUCCAUCAACAAGAUGAAAUUUUGCAUGUUGUACGAGAGCGUCAUCCUGGAUGAUCGUGGCAAUUGGCGUGAUGGUUCCAAGGAAAACGCACUGUAUCGAGACCUGAAGGUGAUUGUGGAUGAUUUUUUUGAUCACCCAUCUUACUUGAAAAUCAAUGGCCGUCCGGUAAUUAUCUUUUAUAUCACACGAUCCAGAAUGCCAUUUCAAGAGGGAUUCGAUGGAGAGUCGGUUCUUGCCAAUAUGCGACGACGACUGGGUCAUGAUAUUUACUUCAUCGCCGAUGAACCUUUUUUCAAUUCGUGGAACAAGUGGCCCGAUAAAAAUGGAAAUGGCUUGGUAAACGGGAAGCAAGUCUUUGACGCUUACACAACCUACAAUAUGUAUUUGGACGACCGCGUGCGAGAUGGUGAGACUGCCACGACCUACCAAUUGAGAGAAGGUAUGCCCAUUUGGGAGAAUUGGGCCAAGAAAGUUCCAAUGUUCCCCAAUGUCAUGCCGCAAUACUACGAUUUCCGUGGAAACAAGCCGCUCUUGGGGAACUCGAACGAUUUCAUGAAACAGCUACGGGAAGUGGCAUGUUUGCCUCGCACCAACUUCAAUGGGGCACCUCAUAUCAUGAUGAUUACUUCCUUUAACGAAUGGUGGGAGGGCACUCAAAUUGAACCUGAAAACGGCUCUUCCAACAAUUGGAACAAUUAUGGAUUCCAAUUCAUGGAGACAUUGGCCGCAUUCAAAAAGGAAGUCGAUUCUCGUGGAACCCAUUGGUGUCCAGACGACAGCACCGCCAAGUCCAACAAUGACAAUAGGGACUAG